UGUUGGAGCACUGCUUCUGUCACCUGCUUCCUGUCAAAGUGGAGUCUUAUGAUUACAUUUGGCCCACUGACCGAUUCAGGAUACUCAUUCCAUCUCAAGACCCUGAAGCACAUCUGCAAAAGGCCCUUUUGCCAUAGAAGGCAUGGAAUGUGAUACAGACAACUUGGCAAAGCCAACCUUACCUAUUAAGACCUUCCGUGGCGCUCCCCUGAAUUCUUUUGAAGAGUUCCCCCUUUCUGCCAUAGAAGGCUGGACAGGAACCACCACAACUGUAAAAAUUAAGUGCCCUGAAGAAAGUGUUUCAAGUCUCCAUGUGAAUAAUGCUACCAGGAGGUACCUGAGCAGCUCUUUAAGUACCAGACUGAUACCUGCCAUCUACAUCCUGGUGUUUGUAGUAGGUGUGCCAGCCAACGUGGUGACCCUGUGGAUGCUCUUCUUCAGGACCAGAUCCAUCCGUAUGAACGUCUUCUACGCCAACCUGGCCAUUGCAGACUUUCUUCUUUGCGUUACACUGCCCUUUAGAAUAGCAUACCAUCUCAACGGGAACAACUGGGUAUUUGGAGAGGUCAUGUGCCGGGCCACCACAGUCAUCUUCUAUGGCAACAUGUACUGUUCCAUUCUGCUCCUCGCCUGCAUCAGUAUCAACCGCUACCUGGCCAUUGUCCAUCCGUUCACUUACCGGGGGCUGCCCAAGCGCACCUAUGCCUUGCUAACGUGUGGAUUGGUGUGGACAACGGUCUUCUUAUAUAUGCUGCCAUUUUUCAUUCUGAAGCAGGAGUACUAUCUUGUCCAGCAGGACAUCACCACCUGCCAUGAUGUCCACAACACAUGCGAGUCCUCGUCUCCCUUCCAACUCUACUACUUCAUCUCCUUGGCAUUCUUUGGAUUCUUAAUUCCAUUUUUGGUCAUUAUCUACUGCUACACAGCCAUCAUUUGGACGCUUAAUGCAAAAGAUCGUAGGUGGCUGUGGUAUGUUAAGGCGAGUCUCCUCAUUCUUGUGGUUUUUACCAUUUGCUUUGCUCCAAGCAACAUCUUACUCAUUAUUCACCACGCAAACUACUACUACAACAACGCCGAUGGCUUAUACUUCAUCUAUCUCAUAGCUUUGUGCCUUGGUAGCUUGAAUAGUUGCCUAGAUCCAUUCCUUUAUUUUCUCAUGUCAAAAAUCACGAAUCACUCCACGGCUUACCUUACAAUGGUGAAAUCAUCUUAGAGAACAAGGAAAGCUAUGUGUGAAGACAUACACUCUUGGGAUAACAUAUGUAUACUGCAAGGACCUCUAUUCUCUAGCUCCAUUUGUGAGCUCCUAGGAAAUGGUGUUUCAAAAUAAAACAUUACAUAAACAGUGACCUAAAAAAGAACCUAUCAGUAUUUUAAGAAUGAAAAUUCAGGAGAAAAGAUAUCUCCACCUGCCUGACUGGUACUUCAAGUUCUUUAAAUCUCCAUCUUCCCUACUUCUAAGAGGUUUCUAUUCUAGAUGAUCUGGAGGAGGUGGAUGGAACAGGGGGCAAGGGUGCAGCAUGGGGGGAGCUAAGAUCUCAGUUUUAGUGUCUGGGGUCAUUUGUAAUUCUUCUGCCUCCUUCAGCUCUCAUGCUGGUGGCUGCCUCAUCAUGAUUCUAUGUGUGUAAUGUCUCUCAGUAGGGUCCGCUAUCCUAGCCCCACCUUUGCUUUCUAACCAUUCAUCACUGCCAGCCUACCCUCCACUUCUCAGUCCACUGCCAGAUUACUCUUCCUCAAAUACCAGUUUGAAUACAUCACUCAAAACCCCCAGUUCAGAGACCUCCAUUGACCAUUCACUGCUCUGGAAUUAUAAAUCUUUAGCUUCGCAUUCAGGCUAACACUGAUUUUAUUUCCCAAAAAACCUGGCAUGUGAUAUAGGCACCUGCCGAGCUUCUUGCUUUGCUGUGAUCCAGACUUCUCAUUUUGCCCCUGCCACUAACCGGAAAGCUAUUUCUCAUAUGUUUGCCUUAACUCUUUCCAUCUCUCAAAGUCCUCAAAGGACAAUUCUUCCCUGACUCUCUAGCCAGAGUUCAUUUUUCUCACCUGAACCUUCAAAGCAUUUUUUUGUAUUUUUCUUAUGGCAUUUAUAUAGGGCUCAUUUAUAUACAAAUAUUAAUUCCAUAAGCACUUAUUAAGCACCAUGUGCAGUAGAGAAGGGGCUUGUCCUCUUCCUUAAGCUUCCUGUAGCAAUGCCAGGCCCACGUCUUCCCAGGGUCUGUGGAGCCAGGCUCCAUACUUUGCACAUCAUGUGGCUGAAUGAAUGAAAGAGUAAAAUCCCAAAGCAUCUAAACAGCAUGAAAGCCAAUUAAAUUCAUACUGAGAAAGAAAGUUAUUCCAUAUAACAUGGCACAUUAUUUUUGGUUGGCUAUAUUUAAAAAAAAAAAAAAGAAAGAAAGCUAAGGAUAUAUUCAUGAGGUCAUUUAUAAAUUUAAAAUAAUGACUCCAUUAUUUUUGUCCUUAUACCUAGUUUUUAAUGGGGAAAUGAUAUUUCGUUAUAAAUGCCCAGUACAUUCCUGUAGGGAAAUGACUAUAUUUCCUUUAGUUUGGAGAUUAGACAGAAGGUAGAAUAUCAGUGGUUAAGGGCAUGAAGGAUUGUGAGAUGAAUUUUCAAGCCUGUAGGAAUGUGCAUUGACCAUAUACUUUGUAGUGCCCACCAAAACAAUAAAAAAACAUUUUAAAUGCCUAUUUUUGAGUGUGCAGAGUUUCCUAUUUCAUUGGACGCAGAUUAAAAAAUGCAAAAAUGCACAUGAAGGCCAUUUAUAGUAUCUGUGUGGUUAUGUGAAGAGUAAAAAUAAACACUAAAGCAAAGCAAGAAAAACUAAUCAAGUAAGUUUCAAGAUGCCCAAAACUUCAAUGGAAGAAACUGACUUUCUGCAAACAAAGUCAUAAACUGUAAGACAGUUUUACCUACAGAAAAAAUACAACACUAUUCACUUGUUAAAAGCACACUUAAUUUUUAUGCAGUAAUUAUGCAUGCAGGAAAAGAGAGCUUUGGGGGUGUAUAAGUCAUGUACCUUCCAAAAUUCUAAAGCAAAGCCUUCAAUUUAAAAAUAGCUCACAUGUAGAGAAUGGACUUGAGAACAUGGGAAUGGGGAAGGGUAAGCUGGGACGCAGUGAGAGAGUGGCAUGGACAU